UAUAUAAUGGAUCGUCUAAACUAAUCAUCCAAAGAUUGUAUUGUUCCUCUUAUUGAAGAAAAUUCUCCUUGUAUUUGUAAUAAAUAAUAUUAUAUUAUUAGAAAGCAACAAACAAGAGAUUGACUCCUAAUUUUUUUUACCUCAAUUUACAUAGAUGUUCUAGAAUCCUGAUCUUCUACUUUAAACUGUUCAAUUAGAAUAAUUAAAGCUAUAAGCUCAAUUAUACUCUUAGAUGAAUAAUCUACCACUCAUUGCUGAUGAACCUAGAGUGGUUGAUUUAUUUACUUAAUAACUUCUCUAACAAUAACUUAUGAUUAAUGCAGCUCUACUAAAUUAAUUCUAAGUAUCAUCUUAAUAUAAAGUAGGGAGUUGAAAAUGUUAAUUAGAGUCAAACAAAGGAUUUAGGUGAUAAUAAAAUUAAAAGAAAACAUAUUAAAAAAACACAUAAUCCAUAAUUUAAUACAGGUAUUUAUAUUAUUUAUUAUGAAUAGGACAUUGGAGUGCAUAAGAACAUUAAGUUUAUUUGAAUUUCUUAUAAUAACAUAGAGAAGUAAUGGAAAGUUCUGAAUUAAAAAAAACUAAUAAAAUUUUCAAAUUGAUGUCUGAUAUAAUUAAAAGUCGAUCACCUUCUUAAUGUAGAUCUCAUCAUUAGAAAUUCAAUCCUUAUUCUAAGUAUUUAAUUAAUGUAUUAAUAUUUAUUAUAUAUAAUUAGAAUAAUAUUGUUCGUAGAAAAAUGAAAGAACAAUAGAAGGAUACUUAAUAAUAAUAAUAAUAGCAAAUUUCAGAAAAUGAUAAUAAUUAAUAAUAAUAAUCACAAGAAUCUAAUUUAAAAAUUGAAUCAUAACAAUAAUUACAAGAAUCAAAAAUAGAAUCACAAUAAUAACUUUAAGAUUCUAAUAAUAGAGAAGAUUAAAUAUAAGCUAGUAGCUAAGAUUGA